AUGGCCAUAACACCAUCUACGUCGAAACGCCGUGUGAGGCAUUCGCUUCCCGCGGUUAUGAUGCGAGCCGGCACGUCCAAGGGCCUCUUCAUCCACCAGUCCCACCUGCCUCCGUCCCAAGAUGAGUGGGCGACGCCUCUCCUCGCCGCAAUGGGCUCGAGAAACAAUGACGCCCGCCAGAUCGAUGGCGUGGGAGGCGGCAGCAGUGUUACCUCAAAAGUUGCCGUUGUCGCCCCGUCUGAGAGGCCAGGCGUCGACGUCGAGUACACCUUUGUCCAGGUGGCCGUCGGGAGCGAGAACGUCGACUUGACCGGUAACUGCGGUAACAUGUGCUCAGGGGUCGGCCCCUUUGCCGUGCAAGAGCGGCUGGUGACGCCGGCGCCCGGCGCUCAGUCGGUGGACGUGAGAAUCUUCAACACAAACACUUCCAAGCUCAUUGUCGAGACCGUCCACGUCGAUGAGGACGGAAACGUGGAGGAAGACGGCGACUGUACAAUUCCCGGCGUCAAGGGCUCCGGCAGUGAGAUCAAGGUUGCGUUCGUCGACCCCGUCGGGAGCAUGACGGGCAAACUGUUCCCGAGCGGACAACGGUCCGAGAAGAUCGUUGUGGAAGGGGUGCUUGCUUCCGGGGACUUUGUGGUGGACGUUACACUGAUCGACUCGGCAAACCCCUUUGUCUUUGUUGACGCCGAGAGUCUACCCGCCUCGGUUAGGGAGCAGCCUGCCGAUUCCCCGCUGGCUCUCGAGGUCGCCGAGGCUAUUCGUAGACAGGGCGCCGUUCGAAUGGGACUCGCUAGCUCCGUCGAGGCGGCGGGCUUGGUUAGGGGAACGCCGAAGCUUGCAUACCUUUCGCGGCCAUCCAACGGCGAGACAGGCAAGGAGGCGGCGGACAUCCAAGUACUAGCAUACAGCAUGGGCAAGCCUCACCCCAGUUUCCAACUCACGGGCGGCGUCACUCUGGCAAGCGCGGUGACUUCGGAGGGAACGGUAGCGCAUCGCAUCGCGGGCGGCAGCGAGUCGGCUUUAUCGGCGGAGGGCCUACCGACGCCGAGAAGAACGCCGCCGCCUGCCGACGAACACAACCAAGGCCGGACUGUUCGAAUCAAGCAUGGCAGCGGUGUUAUGGAUGUGGAAGUCAAGACACGUGAGAGUGAAGAUGGAGUAGCAGUAGACCGGUGCAUCGUCACCAGGACAGCCCGACGGCUUUUCGAGGGCAAUGUUUUGUACUACUCUUGA